AUGCUUUCAAAACGGGAGGUGCUUACGGUACAUGUGGCACCUGAGCAAAGGCUGCAUAGGAGGAACGUUCUUGGCAUUCUGGUACCCGACGUCGAUUUGAACGCUGUCCAGAGACUGCAGAAUUUUGUUGCGUUCAUCUGUAGCGCCUGGGCUUCCGUGUUGAGACUCAAUCGGUGGCUGAUCGGCCAGAUUGGGAUUGGAAAUGCAAACAAGACGGCCGAGCCCGAUGCGGCCGAGCCUGACCGAUUCCAGGGGUUCAAUGUCGCCGGUACCUCCUUCGCCCCUCGCGAUGUCUCGUUCGUCAUGGAAAAACUGGAGCAAAACCUGGCGAAUGCAACCUCCUGGCCUCCCCGUGUCUGGGCAUCCGACGAUAAGAAACACACGGCCCCCGAACCUGCUGUCCGCGGGCUGAGUAGGAAUGCCGAUGAUGUAUACAGCAGUGGCUUAUCCUGA